UUUUUUUCCUCACACUGUUUAGGAUUUCUCCGCGUCUCACUCUCUCGCGCACUUUUUUUUUUUUAUUUUAUUUUGAAUUUACUACCCCCCCACACCUCCAAGCCCGAGGUGGUCGCGGAGGACGCGAGGCGCUCCCCAGCCCUUCAUGCCCGGCGCUGGGCUCUCGGGGAGGACGCAGGCGGGGGGCGAGCACCGCGCUCCGCAGGAAAUGCCGGCGCCGCAGCGGGGAGCGCCCCCGGCCCGCCGCCCCCCGGCCGCCCGCCGCUGACCGCCGCCGCGGGGGUCGCUCCCGGCCCCUGCCCGGCUGGGAAUAAGCCCCGGGGCGGGGGCCCGCGGUGCCGGGGGUGCGCAGGGAGGCCCGUCGAGGCCAUGGGCGGCGGCGAGGCGCGGAGCCCGAGCUGCACCGGGCGCUGCCCGCCGGCGGGGCGGCAGCCCGGCACCCCGCGGGGCGGCGGCGAGGCGGAGGGGGGGCCGGCCUCCCGGGCCGCGCUGCCGCCGCCGCGGGAGACCUGGCGCCGCCGGAAACUUUCCUCGGCGCUGUGCGCCGGCUCCCUCUCCGUGCUGCUGGCCCUGGUGGUGAGGCUGGUGCGGGGGGAGCGCGGCCGGGACCUGGCGGCGGAGGGCGGCGCGGGGCCGCGGGGCUGGGGCUGGCUGCCCCCCGGCGCCGUGCCCCUGGGCCUGGCCGGCGCCUUCUUCGGCGCGGGCCGCUACCUGCUGCGCGGCGGCGUGCGUCCGCGGACGGCGGCGCUGCUGCUGGCCGCCUGCUGCGGGGGGGAAGCGGUGGCGCAGACGGCGCUGGCGGCGGGGGAGGAUCACUUGCUCUCCCUCGCCGCCACGGGGGUGGUGCUGAGCUGCCUGGCCGCCGUGACAUGGCUGGUGCUGAAGCUGAGGCAGGGCGUCCUCAUGCUCGCCGUGACUAGCGCGGCCAGGACCACGUCCCUCGUCGCCUUGGAGAGGGUCCCGGCGUCCUGGCGGCCCUACCUGGCCUACCUGCUGGGGCUGCUGGGCAUCCUCCUGGCCGGCUACGCCGACCGGCUCUGGCCCCCGCGGCGGGCCGCCCCGCUGGCGGAGCCUCCCGCCGCCCCCCCGGCCGCGGACGAAGCCCCGGUGCUCAGGCGGCGGCGGCGGUCCAGCUCCAUGAUCUCCCCCGAGAUGUCGGGCGGCGGCGGCAGCAGCAAGACCCACCGGCGGACCUCGCUGCCCUGCAUCCCCCGGGAGCAGCUCAUGGGGCAUUCUGAAUGGGAUCACAAACGAGGACCCAGAGGCUCACAGUCUUCUGGUACCAGUAUCACAGUGGAUAUCGCUGUCAUGGGAGAAGCACACGGGCUCAUUACAGACCUUCUGGCAGAUCCUUCACUGCCCCCCAACGUGUGUACUUCACUGAGAACAGUGAGCAACCUGCUUAAUACGCAGUUAACCUUCCAGGCCAUCCACAAGCCAAGGGUGAACCCUUUGGUGUCCUUCAGUGAGAACUACACCUGCUCUGACUCAGAGGAAUGUCCAGAGAAAGGAGAGAAACUAGCUAUUCCCAAGCGCUUACGGAGAAGUUUGCCUCCAGGACUGCUGAGACGAGUGUCCUCAACUUGGACCACAACAACAUCAGCCACAGGACUACCUACACUGGAGCCAGCUCCAGUGAGAAGGGAUCGCAGUGCCAGCAUCAAACCUCAUGAAUCAUCUUCAUCCAGUGCUGACUCCUGGAACAGCUCAAUUCUGAUGACACUCACGAAGAGCAGGUCCUUCUCCACCUCUUACACCAUGUCCUCUACCAACCACCUGAAUGCCAAAAGGCAGAGCCGGCAAGGUAUCCCACCGAAUAUCUCACCUCUCUCCUCCCCAUGCCAUUCACCAAUUCAGGGGACACCUGCCACAAGUCCUACUGGAAAAACAUCUUCUGUGUCAUUUCCAGACUCUACAGAUACUGACACCAAGCAAGGCUUAAAGCCACACAAAGUCUUAACCUCUACUCAGAGUGCACCUAGCCUGUCAGACCCUAUUAUCAGCCCCUCUGUCAUUUGCAGCAGCUGUGGCAGACCCUAUAAUCAAAUAGAAGCUGGUGAUGGGACACUAGAUAGAAAUGAUGGUACCACACACACCCUGAACAGAACAGAUGAUCCUGCGCAAGCCACUUCUGACUAUGAGACCAACAAUAGUGAUAGCAGCGAUAUCGUACAAAACGACGAUGAGACAGAUUGCUCCAAAGAGCAGAUGCGGAAGGGAUCCGUCUGUAGGACGUACACACCCGAGACCAUCAUUCUGCAUUCCUUGAUACCACCUGAGGACAAGCCUGUACUUGCUCCUGAGCCUCUGGUUAUGGACAACCUGGAUCCCCUGAUGGAGCAGCUAAAUAGUUGGAACUUCCCAAUCUUUGAUUUGGUGGAAAAAAUCGGAAAGAAAUGUGGUCGGAUUCUCAGUCAGGUAUCAUACAGGCUUUUUGAAGAUAUGGGGCUGUUUGAAACCUUUAAAAUACCAGUGAGGGAAUUUAUGAACUACUUUCAUGCCUUGGAAUGUGGAUACCGAGAGAUACCCUAUCACAACCGAAUCCAUGCAACUGACGUUCUACAUGCCGUUUGGUAUCUUACUACUCAGCCCAUCCCAGGACUGCCAACUGUGAUUAAUGAUCAUGGGUCAGCAAGCGAUUCAGAUUCUGACAGUGGAAUCACUCACGGCCAUAUGGGUUAUGUGUUUUCGAAGACAUACACGCCUACAGAUGACAGCUACGGAUGCCUAGCUGGUAACAUCCCUGCCCUUGAAUUGAUGGCUCUUUAUGUAGCUGCAGCCAUGCAUGAUUAUGAUCACCCAGGAAGGACCAAUGCCUUUUUGGUAGCAACGAGCGCUCCUCAGGCGGUGCUGUACAAUGACCGCUCCGUCCUGGAGAACCACCACGCUGCUGCUGCCUGGAACCUUUUCAUGUCGAGGCCAGAGUACAAUUUCCUGGUCAACCUCGACCACGUAGAGUUCAAGCAUUUCCGCUUCCUUGUCAUUGAGGCAAUUUUGGCUACUGACCUGAAGAAACACUUUGAUUUUGUUGCCAAAUUCAACGCCAAGGUGAAUGACGAUGUUGGAAUUGACUGGACUAAUGAGAACGACCGUUUGCUGGUUUGCCAAAUGUGCAUCAAACUGGCUGACAUAAAUGGGCCUGCAAAAUGCAAAGAUUUGCAUCUGCAGUGGACAGAAGGCAUUGUCAAUGAGUUUUAUGAACAGGGUGAUGAAGAGGCUAGCCUGGGCUUGCCAAUCAGUCCUUUCAUGGAUCGCUCUGCUCCUCAGCUGGCACACCUCCAGGAAUCUUUCAUCACUCACAUUGUGGGACCACUAUGUAACUCCUAUGACUCAGCGGGGCUGAUGCCAGGAAAAUGGAUAGAAGAUAAUGAUGAAUCAGGAGACACCGAUGAGCACGAAGAGGAAGAAACAGCAGAAAUGGAAACUUGUGAAAAUGCUGAAUCCAGAAAGAAGAAGUUCAAGAGGAGGAAAAUCUACUGUCAGAUCACUCAACACCUGCUUCAGAACCAUAAAAUGUGGAAGAAAGUAAUUGAGGACGAGGAGAGGUUAGCCGGGACAGAGAAGCAAGGCGCAGACCAAUCCACGCUGCACCAAUCUUCAGAACAAAUCCAGGCCAUCAGGGAAGAGGAGGAGGAGAAAGGGAAGCCUAAGAGGGAUGAAGAGGAGAAUACAACUGUAGAACCGAACCAAUGACAAUAUUUACAGCAGUAUUUUAAGACAGAUUGACUCGUGCACAGACUCUUUCUCAAGCCAGCACAGCAUUUAGACACAACACUGUAGAAGUAUGGGAUAAUGCGCCUACAGCUGUUUAAUUUGUUUCUCUUUCCUUUUUAUGGUGAGGUACAUUGUUUAAACUCCUAUGCUCAAGGAAGCUUUCACACUGCGACACCGGCUUUUACAGACUUUCUUUAAAGAUAUUUGGGAGUGGGUGGAAUUAUAUAAAUAUAUAUAUAUAUAGCCAGGGUUAUUGGCUGCGCACUUCAGCAAAAUACAUUUAAUGAUAUAUUAUGGUCACUGUGAUAUUUACAGAAGAAAGUUAUCUAAGGAAAUGCUGCUUCUGAAGCACAUUUGCAGUUAACAGUAAGGUACCAGUUAAGUAGCUUUUGCUCUUAAUGCUGAGGGAUAAAAGUUCCAAAGCUUUAUAUGAAUGCUGAUAUAUCCUGCCAACAUAUACGUGUGCGUGAGGGGGUGUUUGCGAGUGUGAGUGGAUGUAAUGUAAUAUAGCAUAGUUUGAGUUCUUAUUACACUAGCUGUAGCACAUGUCCCAGUACAUGACAACAAACAGAAGGCCUGAAUUUUAGAGAAUUUGUUCCCACAGGAGCAUCGGAGAGCAUUUUGAGGAGCUUGGCGUUCCCCAUAGCCCUCCAAGUCCCAGUUUGCACUCCAGCUGCAGGCAGCAGCCUUUCAGCAAGGGCCGCGGUGGCCCGGGCUGCUGGUCUGGCCCCAGCUGGCUGUGCGGGUUGUGCCUCCUCCUCUUCCUCCUCCUCGGCAUUUCCCACACUGCUGGCGAAAGGGAUGUGCCAGGAAAUUUAUUUUCCAAAGGGGGUUACGAGGGACUGUGUGGCAUGCUGGUCUGUUCCUCUCGAUGGGACCUGGCCCUCUGUAUACUUCUGAGCGCGUGAAUGGUUGCGUGGGGCAGCGUGUGUAUUUGGGCAGGAGAGGACAGAGAGCAAAUGUGUGUACGCACUCGGAAACCAGAGGCACGCUGUCAUCUUUCUACCCUAACCUUAUGCCUCCGUGCAUCAGUGGCCAAAUAUAUCAUUUAAGAACGAAGCUAAACUACAUCUCUUGAGAGCAAAAGAAGGGGGGGGUGAGGGCCAUGCCCUUCCUCAGAAUAAAAGGCAAACGGUGCAAUAGGAGCAGCGUGGUGGACAGGUGCCAGUCCUGAGUUGGCUGGACACUCGUAUGCCUCAGCAACCACUCACAUGAGCUUCAGAGAACUUGUUUUUUCAGUGUGAGGUGCUGGAUGGGAGCAGUUUGUUGCUGGCAUUCUCCUUAGAAGCAGCGUGUUUGAUCCCACCAAUAUACUUUUUUUUUCUUCUUUCUUUUUUCUUUUUUCUUUUUUCUUUUUUUUUUAAGAGAAAGGAAAAGAUCAGGCCUGUAAGAAGAGCAGAUUUUUUUUUGUUUGUUCUGUUUAUUUGUUUUCUCUGUUGUUUAUGCUGUGAGCCAAAUGUCUAUUUAAAAGGUUGGAUAUUCACUUUCAAUAUUUUAUUUCACGAUAUUAUAUUUGUCAAUGAUUAGCUAUCUAGAUGUAAAUAUGGAAAAAUUUUUAUGGGUUCCUGUAGAUAAUGAUAUCUUUAAGAAAAAAAAGAAAAAGAAAAAAAGGGAAAAUUUUUUUGUAAAGCUAAUUUUUUUAAAAAAUAAAUACAAAAACAUUUUUAUACAGUGUAGCCAUUUCCAAACCCACUAAACAAAUGAAGUCUUGAGUAAUUUGUAUAGACCCUUCUGGGAAGCCAGUGGUCUACCGGAUCAAGGCUUGAAAAUAUUAAUGCUCUUUGGGACUGGCAGCACUAACCAGUACCACACAGUUUAGAAUUUUGUUCCCACAAAAAGAAUGAUACAUAUAAAGUUCAGUAUUUCUCAAAAAUCAUUUGACUACGUAUGCUUUUUAUAUUUUGAUCCUGCAGCCCCUUGCCAAGAAGAGGAUUGCUUGUGUGAGCAAGAAUGCUUGUGAAAGGAAGAGCAUGUAGAAGUCCUUUCUAUGUUAAAUUUCUGACAUUGCAUCCGUCACUUUUUUUGCUAUUGUUACGCAUUCACCGUAUUUCAUGAUCCUAUUGAUACCUCCCAAAAAAUGUUGGAAAACAUUCUCUAUCAAAGCCAAUCAGCAUGUGUGUUACCACUUCAGAGUUUCUUUUUGCUUUGCAUUUCCGAUAGAGUGAGCUUUUGCUGGAAAACGGGAUUUUGGUUUCUUACAGGUUGCAUUUGCUGAUAUCGUCCCAUCUUACUCUUACCAGUAGCGAAGGCAUUAGCCUUUUGACAAAGUGACUCUAGAGCAUGGCUCUGAAUCAGCAGAACUAUGUAGUGUUUGUCAAUGGAAUCAAAAAAGAAAGAUCCAAAUUGCACGAUUAUUUUAAAGGAUAUAGCAGAAUUCAUUCACAAGGAAAAAAAGGUGUCUCCAAGAUCUCAGCAAGUCUCCUCCAGUUCCAGCUUGCGCUGUUUUCACACCUCUUUGGUCACUUUGAUUAAUCACUUUAUUUGGGGUUUUCUUGUACAAGUGAAAUGCAUACCGUAUAGUAUGAGAAGAAUUUAAUAUGCCUCAUUCUGUCCGUUAAAAAUUAAACUUACAGAGAUGCUUUAAAAAGUCACAUCUCCAAGCACUUUUUUCCUCCACUUUCAGUGCAUGAGCGCUGGGACUGGAUUUUUUAUAUUGAUUUUUAUAUUGCCUUUGCUAGAAGAAGAAAAGAAGAAGUUAUUGCAGAAAGUGUUAGUGGGUGCCCAGUUGGUAAAAUUACAAAGAGGCAUUCAAGAAUGAGGUGAAAUCCUGCAAGUGGAGUUCCAUGUACCCCUCUAAGCAGGCAUGCACAGCGUUGGACUAAGAAAAAUUAUCCUAAAAAUGUGCCGAAAUGGAACUAUUAUAUUUUUCCUUGUCAUCAUUUUUUGUUGCCCUUAGGUAAAAUGUGUCAGCUUCUAAUUUGUAAAUAUUUCUUUCUGUAUUGCCAAUGCAACUGUCAGAAAUUGUUACUGCAUUGCUAUGCAAGCCUGUUUGUAGGUACGGUUUGGUUAACUCAGGUCUUUUACAGUGAAGGAAUUGCCGACAGGCUGAAAAUCAGAAUGAUUGUAGAUUUUAUCCAGACUGGAAGGGAGUACCCAGCAAAGAAGCUGAAGUAUCUAGGAGUCGUUAAUUUGGUAAGGGGUGACUGUUUUUUGCAUUCCAAAUAGUUACUAAUAGAAUCCAGUUUCUGCAGGUGUCCACUCCUUAUGAAUCUGAUUUUCAGUCUUUGCAGUGCAUUUCUGGCAGGCAGUGAUCAGGAAAUUUCCCAGGCUGGCUUAAAUAUAACACAAAAGAAAAUACCAGAGAGAUUUUAUAUCAAACACGUGAAUACUUUUUUUUUUUUUUUUUUUUUUUGCUUUGGGGGUUUUUUAGUAGGUAAUGAAGCAAGUAAUAUUUUAGGGGGUUUUGUAAUAGUUUCUACUCCAGAGGAGGCAAAACAUUUGACCUGCAGUUGCACCAACCUGUCGGAGGCUAGACCUUGAUGGUUUUCUGCUUUGCGCAGUCCUUUGGUGUUGCAAACCCCAAAUAAACCACAGCUUGUACAAUAUUUUUGGGAAAAAAUAAAGAAAAGAAAAAUAAUUAUAUUCUAUCAGCAAAGUCCUCAAGAUUUCAGGUGCGAUGUUUACAAUAUUGAUAUAGGUUUCCGGUGUAUACAGUAGGCAAAGAGGUUUGUUAUAUACUAGAGAAAGCAAGCCCCUUUCAAACAGAGUUUUGCAGUAACAAAAAAUGUAUGUAUUUUAGUUUUCAGUUCUUUAAAAACAGGAAGAGAAAGAUUUGACUAUUUUUUUCUGAUUGGAUAUUUUGUCUUCUCCACUGUAAUGUCACUUGGUGACUCAUCUGGUUCCCUUCUAGUCAAGGAGAAGUUUGCUGUUCCCUUAAAUAGGGGGCUUUUUGCAGCACUUGCAGCUCCCAGUGCAGUGAGAAAAGCAAUCACAUAUAAAUCCUUUUGCCCCCAUAUUCCCAGUUUCCUUGAUAGUCACAUGCUGUUUACUGUGAAAUAUAACUUCUCUCAUUAUGCUUGUGUCGCAGAAGGAACACAAGGAAGUAGAGAGUGUGAAAGCCCCAAACUAUUUAUGUUAUUACUUUUUCUUUUAGGAGGAGUCUGAGACUUUAGUUUCCAAGAACCCAAAAAUGCCUGUGUCUAGAAGUGUUCAAAGGGCCAUAGUUUACUAUUUAUGCUCUAAUUCCUGAGGGAACCUGGCGUUGCUUGAUUUGUUUUGAGCUAAUGUACCGAGCGUGUUGACACUCAUCUCUGAAAAUCAUCUGCCUCCUCCAGUAGAAAGAUGGUGUUUGAUGCGAUGUUGCAAGCCAUACAUCAGAAGUGAGCUGCAAGAAUCUAUCUACUAGGAAAAAGGGUUUCUACUGUGCUCUUGGCAGCAUUUUAAACUCCCUUCCUCCGUGAGUGAAAUCCUUUAUAGAAGGCUGGGGAAAUGGCUGUGUGUCACCAGUGGCCUCCCCGCGACCUUGUGCAGGGUGCUGGCUCUCAUAGCAAAUGACGGUCACGUACUGGCAGUAAAUGGUUCCCAGGGCAGAUGUAAUUUGAGAAUGCAUUUGUUAACAAUGCAAGGAUAGUUGUUCAUCAUUUUUUACCCUGGCAUUGUGUGUGAACGUCUCUUUGCGUUCAUCAUCAAGUUAAAAUCCAAGACUGCGAUUUCUCAGCACCUUUUGAGUGGAUGCAUUUGGGACUUCUACCCUUAGUGUUCUACUGUUAGAAGUUCUUAGGAUCCUGAUGGUCUGAAUUUAGAAGGAAGUUAAGUCUGUAAAGGUUCAGAUAAAUGCUUCUAAAAGUGCCAUUUGGCAUUCAAGCAAAUUCUGUACCCAAGUCCCUUUUUAUGCUUUCCAUGCUGGACAUUAAGUUCAUUUGUUUUCUUUAGAAAGUUCUCCUAAACGUGUCUGCUUUUUAGAUACAAAAAAUUUAUGAAAUUCUGCCUCCAUCUUUCCUCCUUCAGAAAUGAUUCAGAAAGUAGAAAGCAGCAUGGAGAAGCCAAGGAUCUUGCCAGACUGAGCACCAGUCAGUGGUGCAGCCCAGGAGGACUGCCCACCCUGUGCCCCAGUCCGGGCGUAUUUGCACCCAGUGCCGUGCCUGUGCUGCUGAGCUGUGAGCUGAGCAGUUGUGGGGCAGCUGCCAGUUUGGGUACUCGGCAGCCUGAGCCCCACCAGCUUUUAGUGGGACUUGGCAUCUUACAGAAUUUUGUCCGUUUCCAAAAUGAACCUUAGGCACUUUUGAAACUUUUGCCAUAAGUAUAAUGGAGCAAAAGGUUUGCGGUCGGUCCCAGGUGUUAACAAAGAACUUGUGCAAAGUCUCAUUAAUUAUCUGGCACAUCCUGCUUGGUCUGUGCGGUGUGAUCCUGUGCUGGUGAUGGGGAGGGCUUUGCUGUCGAUGAAGGUGGUUGCAGGCUUGAGUCCACCUUCUCACUGACUUUCCAUAGCCGCAGCCAGAUGUGCCAGUCAGUGUGGGCCGGGCAGCCCAGCAAACCCAGCUGUGCCCAGGGCCGCGAUCCACAGAAGGCACAAGGUGCUUGACCAGGAAAUACCCCGGGGAGAUGCACCAGCUGAUUCAAGUGUGGGAGAAGCAGCGCAGAUGUGCUGUGGUUCAUUCUAGAGCUGAGCCAUCUGAUAGAUGUAGCGCUCAAUAGGUUGGGAGGGCAGCAAUGGCAGUCUGUGGCUUUUCUUUCUCUGAAAGAACAGGCUCUUGAAUGUCGGAGAACCUGUAAUUCAUAAAAAUGUAUAAUAUUUGCUAUUAUUUUUGCAAUGAGUUGUGGUUGAGAUGUUCCAGCAUUAUGCAUUUAAGGAAAAAAGGUUUCAAUUUAAGGACGAGUAUGAGAAUUUCUUAAGUGUCCGACAGCCUCAUGGGUGGAAGAUUAGAUGGAGGCAGGUGCCCAGAGCGGAGAACAUGCCUCUCCCAGGUCUGCUGCAGGCACCGCAUCUGGGAGGGUGGCACGGAUGGUUGCUUGCCCUUUCCAGUCUCAGGCCUGGACGUCGGCCUGAGAACUUGGGUAUUCCUCAGCUGGCAGCACAGCACUGGUGUAAUUAGUCCUCCAGUUGAUGGGGUUGUAGAUAUAUAGGGAGAAAGUCAAACUGGCAAUUUGUAGGGAAGAGAAAAGGAAAUUGUAGUCCAGUAUGAAAAAGACUUUACGCCACACAAUUUUCCUUUUCUUUCAAAAUCAAAUGUAAUUCCACUGGAAUGAAGUAACCAUGGAAUUUCUGGGGGUUUAAUUACUGUUUGAUGUGGCAGCAUUAGUCAAAAUGGUGGCAGCAUUAAAGAGAGGAUAAUUGUUCCGAUUAAGUAGGAUGGAGAAAUCUUUUUUUUUUUUAAUUUUAUUUUUAGGUGAAUCAACAAAUAAGAGUGUCCAGGCCUCCUGAAGAAAAUGCAUGUUAAGUGUUCUUGAAUAGAUGGGGGAACAAUUAAAAUUAGGUGACAGCUGUCUUAAGCAAUCAUUGGAAGAACUAGCAAAAAAUAUUGAUUAUUGGAGGCAAACUUUGAAUUAGAGCAAAAUAGGACCAGUACUUUUGGGAGGAACUUAGUAUGAUAAAUCUUUCUUUGAAUUUCAUCACUUUCAUUUAGCAAAACAACAUUCCUCUGCAGAUAAAUCAAAGCAGGGUUUUAGCCCCUGCUGUGGUAGUUAUUGAAUCCCAGUGUUGGAGGGAGCAGCAUGAGAGUUAUCCUCCAUUUACAUCGUAAUUAUGAUUUUUUCAGAGGCCAUUAAUAGGAUUUUCCUGGCAGGCAGGUGUUCUCUCGAUGAAAAAUACAUCACGCCUCCUCAGCAGGAUGCAGAUGUCACCCACGUGAGCACCUGCCGGAAUUUUUAGGACCAUACAAGCUCCUCGGGAGCCUGCGGGCAGAAGAGUGCGGGUGUAUUUCUAGAGGGUCCAUUUUCAUGACAACAAAGGUGGGCAAAAGCUCGAGCUAGUUAACAAUACUACUUUGAUAAAACUGAAACAACAAUAAGCAUUGUGCAGUUUGAAAGCUUGCCAACAUCACUUGAGGUGUAUGCAAAAAUUUCCCCGAGUGCUUGCACAUGUAAAACUAUUCCUUCUGGAAGGUGGUGAGUUCAGGUAAAACCAACUGGCCUUGGCCGUCGUCUGUCGAGCUGAAGGGUAUAGUAAACCAAGAAGAAUUUUUGACUGAAGUAGUUUAAUUCUCCCUCAUUAAAGAAAACUUUGCUUGGUGCUAGAGGAGGAAAAAAAAAAAAAAAAAACCAACUUAUUUCAGUUGAGCUUUUCAGGGCGCUAGUCCGUGCCAGUUGUUUCUUACUUCCAAAGCCGUGCUUGCAGUAUGUCCAAGGCGUGGAAAUGGGACAGCAGAUGAGACUCAUUCUGCUGCGGCUGGCAUAUGGGAUCUGCGUGCACGGAAGAGCGCCACUGAAAUCUGCAGGUGUGGAAAGUGGUGUGUCUGGGCAGUGAAUGAGAGGGGGAAACCCAAAUAUUUCUCUUUUCAGUCUGUACGGAAGCGUAAGAGCAGGUAUAAAGGACUUUGCCACAGCUGCGGACCGUGUAUCCUUUUACGAUUGAAUUCUCUUCUGAUUCAAAAAACGUAGAAAUCAGAUCAAAUAAGCAAAACACGGCGGGUGCUGCGGCCCCGGCGAGGCAGGCAUGCGUUAGCUUGCUUUUGCUCGGGCUCGCGCAGGGAGCUGCGCUUGCACCGUUGGCCCGCAAAUGGCGCGGGGUCCCGGGCGGCACGGCACGGCGCGGGGGGAGGAGCUGGUGAGAGGUAAAGAACAAAUGCCUAAUUUUGAAUUUCGGAGGGCUGUUGUCGAAGUAGCUGGAGAAAUACCUUAGUGUAAUGUAAUCCAACUCUAUACCCACCUCAACGUGGUUUGCUCGCAGCGAUAGCCCCGAGGCAGCGGGCUUCGAGGCUCUGGUUUUCGACACUGUCUUCCUUUACCACAGCGAACACUUACAAACAAUUAAUGUGAAUUAGCAAUUGCUCUUUGCUUUUAAAUAUUUAUUUAAAGGAGAUUGAGGGUUUUGGGUUUUGUUGUUGGUUGGUCGUUGGUUUUUCUUUUCUUCCUCAACCCUAGUCAUUUUGCCCCCAUGCUUUCAUAAAAAGGGGCAAAAAAAAUGGUCUGUAGUCUGAUCAGAGAGAAAACAGGGGUUUGCCAUGUGUGUACAUACUACUUUAGGUAAAAAGCCCGUUGUCUGUUAAAACUAUCUUUCCUCUUCAAAGUUCCUACCUGAUUCUGACACACAAUGAAAAUCUGUAUUUGAAUGCAAAAUUUUCAUUUGUAGAUGUUUGUAAACCUUAAUUCAGUACUGCAGAUGGUAUCCUAAAAGAUCAAAGACAGCGUUAAUAACAGCUGCUAUGUGGUAUUGAUGAUAUUUUUAAUAUUUCAAUCAUGUCAGCAUAUAUUUGGUCAUUACUUUUCUAAAGUUAAGUCGUCUUUUCUUGAGUAAUCGAUCUAAGAUGUUUGCAUGACGGAAAGUCAUUUAAGUUCACUUUUUAAAACGACAUGAUUCAUACUGUAGGUUACGUUUGUUUAACAGAUUAACAUUUUCACUGAUGGGUGGCAGUUUUUUUUUCUUUUUAGUGCUUUUGAUAGAAGAACAUCUCGGACAUUUUCCAACAGAAACACAUUUUGUAAUCUUUGCCUCCAGUUGUGGAAGUAGUACCUAUCAAAAAUAAUUGUUUUCCAAUACAGUUUGGCCAUCUGGGUAACAAUAUGCAAGAAUGUAUAUCACGUACAAGAUAUGAUUAAAAAAAUAAUAAUCCCAUUUUGGUGAAAGUAAUCAAGAAAUUAAUCCAAGGUCAAAACCCCUUUCUAAGUGAAAAUUUUGGAUGUGUCGAUAUAAUUGAAGCAGUUGCCCGCCCACCAGAUUUUGGGGCCAAAUCAUACAAAUUUGCUAUUUUCAAAUUCACAAAAGGCCGACCAAUGUUUUUCUACUUCGGAAAACACUGAGGGAUUUGGUCAUCUUACAUCCUAUCCUAUGAAGUCUGACUCCUGGCCUGCUACCUGGGGGCACUGCACCUCAGACACAGUUAUUUCAUGAUGCUCAUUGAGACUCGGCUCUAGUAGCAAGUUUCCGCAAUCCACACAUGUACUUCAAAAUUAAUCCCUCCUUGAUUUUUUUCACUUCAAAAGGAGAGAGAAAGGGGGGAAAUGUAAUUUUAUACGGCUCUAUUUGAAAAGGGGUUUGUGUACCUUUAUAAUUCUUUUGAAGCAAUAUUUUAAAAAAUAACUGCCAGCCAAAGUGGCAAUGCAGAGAAGUGCCAUCUUGUUCAGGAUUUGUACACGCCAGUUUUUAACACAGUGUUCUUUUCACUAAGUACUACAUACGUUAAUUUAUAUUUAUAUAUUGUCAAUAUUGUUGUAACCAAGCUUCUCCUUUUUAAACACUUCAGGAACAAGGCCUUGUAUUUUUAGGUGAUUUUCAUAAACAGAAUAAUUCUUUUCCUUUCACUAGUAUCUUGCACUCGAUACAUGUAGCAAUACUUAAUAUAUUCUCUUCACAAGUAUUUGUUAAGUGAUUUAGUUAAUGGCUGAUAAAUGUUUUGUACAAAAUAGAUUCUGUACAGGAAAAAAAAUCUUUUAGAUAAACAUUAUUUAUUUUUACUGUUUUGUAAGUUAGACACUAUAAUGAAGCUCCUUUUCGCCAGAAUUACUGGAAGUGCCUCUUGGUAAAAUGUAUUAUACAGUAAAUAUCUAUUCAAAAUUAUUAGAAAUACUUGUCACAAAAUGAACAAUGUGGAUGUUGCAAUGUGAAGACAAAUGUACAACAUAAAUAUAAUUCUGUGGUAUCCCGU